UUAAGGUUACUUCCGGUCUCCGCACUGAAUAAUUUGCCCUUCCAUGACCUAGGUCUGUAUCCCUCCCCGCUCCCCCUCUGCUCAAAGCUGCUCAUUUCUUCUGAACCUCGGCACUCGGCAGCAGCCAUUGGAAGAAGAAGAAGAAGAAGAUAACAGUCUCUGGACCAGGAAACGAUUCCUUAUGAUCCAUCUUAGAAAUCUCUCCGGGCAUGGCCGACGGGUGCUACCUGGGUUGUUGGGCCACAGGCCGUACUCCGCGGACACGGCGGAGUACGCGCGGAGAAACUAUGCUAACAACGUCUCUGAGUACAAUACUGUUAUCGGAUCUCUCAUCGCCCAACGAAGGGGAAACUUACUCCGGGAUGUUUAUGAUGACAUGAUGCUCGAUGCCGUCCAGCCGCUGAGGGACACUUUCCACUUGCUCAUCGUUGGAGCAAUGAAGGGAAGUCGCUUACAGGACGCCUUUUUCUUCCGAGACGAGAUGAAAGCCAUGGGCUUGCCGCCAGAUGUUAAUCUCUACAACUUCUUGAUAUCAGCAUGUGGUAGAACCAAGAAUUCUGCCACAGCCAUUAAGCUUUUGGAGGAGAUGAAGAAGCACGAGGUUAAACUGAAAGGAGAGACUUACAUUUGUCUGCUCAAUGCCUGUGCGGCAACGGGACGAACCGAUCUAGUGUAUGCUGUUUGAUUGAG